CUUAAUUUAAAAGAAACUCUCUCUAAUUUAAAAAGACUUUUGUGUUUCGAGUAAGUCAUGACCACAUCAGUUCUCAUUUCGCCAGCUCACAAGUGACACAUUGAGGAAAAGUUCGGUGAUUGAAAUGGAUUGUAAAAGAAAUAUUACGGACUUGCCAAUAGAAAUACUCGAUAUUCUAUUUGAAUGUUGUGGAGAUAUGACGAACAAACUCCAUUUGGCCCAAGCUCAUCCGUAUUUGGCCCAGGCCUUUGCCUAUCAUUGUCGAAAUUUAUACAACCACAUCUCAGAAGAUGAAAAAAAAAGUUUGUGCUAUUGGCGGCUGACUCUGCCAGGCUGUGGACCGAAUAUAAAAAAGAUUGACAGAGUUAUUCGGGAGAAUGAUCAUGAUGAAGUAGAGCUUGUCAAUUUGAUUGCACUACACUGCUCAAAAUUGGAAAAAAUUAAGCUCACCUUCGAAACGGACAGUGUGGCCUGUGUGAAAUCUUUAAUAUGCCAGAGACAGAAUUCUCUGAGGGCUAUUAAUCUUAGACUAACAUCAGAAUCUCCAGAAAUUAAUACUGUGAUGCUUCAUGAAUUUCCAGAAUUGCCCUUGCUGGAAGAGCUUAAGAUUGUCAACAUUCCCAUUGAGAACUAUUAUCACCUAAAGAAAUUUGAAAAUUUGGUUAAACUUAAUAUUGGAUGUGAUUAUCCAAUGUUUGACUGUGAGGGUCGAAUACAUAUUGCUAUUGAUAUUUUGGCCCUCUGUGCACCUCUAAAGAAACUGCGAAUAUUAACUUUGAGAGACGUAACCAUUAUCAGCUCUGAGAAAAAUAAUGUCCACAUGACGGUAUUACCAAUGGAGAAGCUAAGCCUUAUAAGAUGUGUCAUAGUUUAUGAGCUUCCUGUGUGCUUUAAUCUCAAAACCUUUAUCAUUAAGGAAAAAAUGUCCAACGCAGUAGUUCACAGAUUCAUUUUGAGCCAAGGAAGUAGCCUGGAAAGCUUGUACCAUAUCUGUGACUAUUAUCCGGGUUAUAAUGAACGAUUUCUAGAGGUUAUUCGAGUAUGCCACAACCUGCGAUCCUUUCGGCCGCCAUACUAUAGUGUCUCCUUCAACCUUGACUUUGUUAAGGAAUGCGUUGAUAUCCUGAUUGAAAACGAGGUUACACCGAAUAAUCCUUUGGUACUUGAGGUAGACAGAUAUUUCAAUUACGAGGAUGUACUGAAAUGGCUCAAAUUUACGCCAUGCCCCGAAAUAAUAGGGCUCAUAUUAAUAAACGAAACGGAUGAAGAUUGUUUAAAUUAAGUUUAACAUUGGCUUCCCUUAAGAGAAAUUUUUAAUAAGUGCUUUAAUAUGAAUAUUUAUUACUUUAAAUA